AAGUUCGUCGCAGCGACGGAGAUCCGCGUCUAGGGAAACUGAGAUGAGGAUCCUGCCAGUGAUUCAACCUGCGCAAGGUGUGACGUAUUGGGUGUUUAACGGCUUACAUAAUGUCCAUCGACUUGAAGGCGACACGGCGACGAAUGACACUCAAGCGGGCUGUUGCACAGGCCAAGCAACUCAUUCCCCCUCUCGAUGGAUCGUUGCACAAGGGCCAAUCUGGCAGAGUUGGAGUGUUGGGCGGUGCUCUAGAUUAUACAGGCGCUCCCUUUUUCGCUGCGAUAACCGCUCUACGUGUUGGCGCGGAUCUUUCGCAUGUAAUCUGUUCUCCUAGUGCGGCCAGUGCAAUCAAAUCCUACUCCCCUGAUCUCAUCGUCCACCCCAUCUUACGAGAGGAUGUAUCGGAGGACCAAGUGCGACCAGAACUCAAAUCUAUCCUUUCCCGUCUCCAUGUGCUUGUGGUCGGACCCGGCCUUGGUCGGGAACCGUACAUGCAAUCGCUUGCCAAGAUGGCUGUAUCGCUCGCACGCGCUGAGGGAAUGUUCCUCGUUCUGGAUGCGGAUGCGCUGUGGAUGGUCGGACAAGAUAUCUCCAUCAUCAAGGGUUACCGUCGAGCCGUUGUCACCCCCAAUGUUGCUGAAUUCGCACGUCUGAGUGAACAAGUUGGGAUCGAUCCAAAGACACCAGCCAACGAACGUGCUGGGUCGGUGUCCCGGGCCUUGGGAGGUGUGACUGUGCUGCAGAAGGGCGCUGCAGAUGUCAUUGCGGUGGAUACGACCGGCAACGCGGCUGAUCUGGAGGCGAGCAGCAUGGCUGGAGCAGAUCCCGAGCGGGAGAAAACACAGCAGCAGAUCGAGGUGGAUGGUCAGGGUGGAAUGAAACGAUGCGGCGGGCAAGGAGACGUGCUGAGCGGAACCGUGGGUACGUUCCUAGCGUGGGCCAAAUGCUACGAGAACGGUGUCUUUGGCGACAAGUCGAUACCUGCAUCUCAGUUCCCGCUGCUUGCUGCGGUCGGUGGCAGCUUGGUCACACGCACUGCCAGUCGACGUGCUUUCCGCAAGCAAGGCCGAGGCGUAAUCACACAAGACAUGCUUCCGGAGCUCGGUCAAGCUUUUGCGGAGAUAUUCGGGGAUGAGGCUCAUGGAGAAGAUAAAGGAAAGUUGUAAGGGUACAAGAGAUCGGCCCUAAAUUGUAGUAAUAACUUAGCGCACGCGCCCGCCGCACAGGCCAAUAUGACACACAUACAUGCAAACAGACGCGAGAUCGCGUACCGACAAUACCGUGUUAUUUAAUUACGUAAACCUCCAAACAACACCAUUCAUCAUUGUACUACCGCAUUCAGUUGCUUGGCUUUGCGGUUACUGGUACUGCAUGACCUCUUCCGAGCAUCUUGUUGUAAAGAAAACGUAUCUAUCUCGCUCUAAGCGAAAAGACACCUCUAGCUCAGUGAACUCCGCGUCUGAAGAGGAAGAGGAAACUGAGGACGUAACGAUGUCUGAGGCGACUGGUGUCGUCAAGCCUCCAAGCAAAGUUGCUGUAAAGCCGAACAGCAAAGUUUCGACCAUUAAACCCCUCGACGAACCUGCCACCCAACCUGACACUGGUACCCCUGUGUCUGAACCCAUAACGACCAAGACGCCCAAGAAGACGGUGUCUUCCAAGGGGAAGGAGAUUGCUGCAUCUCCGGGGAGGGCACCGAAAAAGGUCGAAGUUCAGUGCGUGUCCCUCUCUUACUCUCCGCAACAGCCACCUGAGAAGGUCUCGAUUGCACCUAGUCUUCCCGGACCAGGCCCACGAACGACAGGCAAGACGGAGACGCCAGGCGCCAGCGCAAAGAAAACCCAUAUCCGCUCCAUGUCCUCGAUCAGCUCGCUCAAGCAGGUGGCCGACGACGCCAGUGCCACCGAGUCUCCCUCGUCGAAAAAGCCUGUCUCGUCGGUCAAUCGAAAACGUUUUGCGACUCCGGAUACGGUGGAUGAUGCGACGUCUGUGGCCGAGUCAUCGAUGGGAGCGGGAACUAUCCGCCGUACCGAGGCUGAGCGCAUCGAGUAUUUCAACAAUCAGCCCGAUUGUUCAGACAUCGAGCCUCACAGUGUCACCUGCACCCGAUGCAAGAAAGUGGUGAAUCUGGGAAGGAAGCAGACGUAUCGGGUCAAACCAUGGGAAACUCAUCGUCAGCGCUGUGAUCAGAAGGUUUCAGCCACGGAGUAUGUGCAAUUCAUGCCGUAUCGUGUUGCUCUGACUGUGCAUAUCAGAGAUGAUGCACAAAGCGAGCUCCGAUCUGAAGCCGGUACGACUAAGCGCUCCAACACGCGGCACUCCGUUGAGCAACGUAAGGCGAUUCUGGAAUCGGACGAGCGUGCCAAGACGGUGUUGCCUGACAAAGUCCUGUGCCGGAAAUGUGACAAGUGGAUUCGUUUGGCGGCCAAGUCAGAAUACGCAUUAAGCAACUGGAACGCGCAUCAGACAAGUUGCGGAGGCGCCGUGGUGAGCCAUCGUGUGGCUAUGGCUACACGCAAGAUCCAGCUUGUCAACGAUUCGCAGGCGAGCAGCUCUGGUCCCCGGCACGUCGACUGUCGUUUUUGCGGGAUUACGGUGGAACUAGAUGGGGAUGCGGACUACACACUGACGAACUGGGAAUCGCACAAGCAGACUUGUACGAGCCCCUCGAAGUCAGGCAGGGCCACGAAAGCACCGCAGGAGCGAUCGCCUGCGUCGGAAGAAGCGCCGGAAGCAGAAGCAUCACACACCCGUGGAACGAAGCGCGGUUUGGACGAGCCUGACCUCGAUGUCGCUGAUCCCGAUGCACGGGCCCCAAAUCGUGCACGCAAAGAAUCGUAUGAGCCGGUGAACAAGGCGCCGCCGAGUGUGCUGGGAUGGUUUCUCAUGCCGUUCAAGGCAUUCAUGCAUGGCUACCAGCAGUCUAUGGCGUCUUAAUUUAAUUAGUUACAUGAUUGUUUUUGUAUACAUAUGGGCGCCAGUUUGGCUGGGACUCCACAGCGCGGAGGACGCACGCAUCGUACGUGUUUCCCGUGUGAGCUGUUGCCGCGAGGGCCUAUAAGUAAGUCCGCACGAACCACCCAUCCUCAGCGAUCAACGCUUCUCCCGCCAUUUCCUUUUCUUGCCGUGCCCCAUUCUCCAUUCUCAGCCAACAUGCCACCCGACACCACGACCGCGUUUUCCCCCACGAAGAGACAGAUGCGCGAGAUGAAGCUGCGAGAGGACACUAUGCUCGAGAUACUCAGCCCCGCGCUCGUGCGCUGCCUCGGCUGCGGCGCGAACAUCAAGCUGUCGACAAAGAGCGACUUCGACGCGUCGCAUUGGACGAGACACCGCGGCCGGUGCAUCAAGAAGACCGUGCGGGAGUCUGCAAGUGCGAGGAGGGACUCAAACCAGUCCGUCACCUCCGCGUCGUCCGGGUCGUCGCCUUCGUCCGCUCGGGCACUCACACCGGAAGAUGACGACAAGGAGAGUGAUGCUACCCAACUGGGCGAGCAUUCAGACACACCGCCACUGCCUCCAAUUCGGCAAUACGACU